CACACGCACAAGGAUCGGUUUAAUCAUAGAGCCAGGGAAUAAAAAAAAAAAAAAAAGAAAAGAAAAAUCCUCAUGCUGUGUGGACGGACGGAGAGGAGAGGAGGGAGCCGACAGUUUGCACAAGUCGUCGGGUAUGCGGGAUGACACCUCAUACUGGUACCGCACUUGAGUGAGCUGGGGCAUCCUCUCCCAGGAAAAAUGCAUAUCUGGAUCCUAAAAAUAAUCCUUCUGAUUGCAUCAUCUCUGAGGCUGGUUGAGAUGUAUGACAAUUAUGGGGAGAUCUGCCGAAACCUGUGCACGUGCGAGGAGAAGGAGGGGAUCCUGACGGUGAGCUGCGAGAACCGGGGGAUCAUCAGACUGACGGAGAUCAGCCCGGUCCACUUCUCCAUGUACCACCUCCUGCUGACGGGGAACCUCCUCAAGAAGCUGUCAGUCAAUGAUUUUAUCAACUACACCGGGGUGACCAUCCUGCACUUGGGGAACAAUGACAUCUCGGAGGUGGAGUCGGGUGCCUUCAAUGGACUCCAGGGAUUAAGAAGGCUGCACCUGAACAACAACAAAAUCGAAGUCCUGAGGGAUGACACCUUUGCGGGACUGGAGAGUUUGGAAUACCUACAGAUUGAUUAUAAUUACAUCACUAACAUUGAGCCCAAUGCUUUGAGCAAACUACACCAACUGACAGUGAUGAUUUUAAAUGACAACUUGCUCUCGGCCCUGCCCCCGAACAUCUUCCGGAACGUCCCCCUUACGCACUUGGACCUGAGGGGGAACCGGUUGAAGAUGUUCCCCUACAUGGGCCUCCUGGAGCACAUGGACAAAGUGGUGGAAUUACAACUCGAGGAGAACCCGUGGAAUUGCUCCUGCGAGCUCAUCGCCCUCAAAGCCUGGCUGGAGAGUAUCGCGUACACGGCCCUGGUGGGGGAGGUGGUGUGCGAGACGCCGUUCAGGCUGCACGGCAGGGACCUGGACGAGGUGUCCAAGCAGGAGCUCUGUCCACGAAGACCCCUGGAAGAGACGGUCAGACCUGCACCUCCAAGCAGCACGAAUGGAUAUUACCAGACCACGCCAGCUGCUGUCACAGCAUCUGCCACCUCCUCGGCUGUUUUCAGGUCCUCCUCCAAGCCGACCAAGGGCACGCGGCAGUUUAACAGAACUAGGGUAAAGCCCACCUCCCGGAUAGGAGGCAGUAACCCGUACGGCCCCAUCAUUGCUUUUCAGACCAAAUCUCCUGUGCCUUUGGACUGCCCCACUGCCUGCACGUGCAACCUGCAGAUAUCUGAAAUUGGGUUAAAUGUCAACUGCCAAGAGCGAAAGAUUGAAAGCAUUGCUGAUCUAAAACCCAAGCCAUACAAUCCGAAAAAAAUGUAUCUCACUGGAAAUUACAUCCCUGUGGUGCGGAGAUCCGAUUUUGUUGAUGCCACUGGAUUGGAUUUGCUUCACCUGGGGAACAACAGGAUAUCCCUGAUCCACGACCGAGCUUUUGGGGAUUUAACCAACCUGCGUAGGCUGUAUUUAAAUGGUAAUCUCAUGGACAGGCUUACAGGAGAGAUGUUUUUUGGUUUGCAGAACUUGCAGUAUCUUUAUUUAGAGUACAACAAAAUCAAGGAGGUCGACGCGGGCACUUUCCGCUACCUCCCUAAUCUCCAGCUGCUUUUCCUCAACAAUAACCUCCUGAAAACUUUACCUGUGGGGAUCUUUUCCAGCCUCUCUCUGUCGAGGCUUAAUCUGCGCAACAACCAUUUCCAGAACCUGGCCGUGAGUGGUGUUUUAGAUCAGCUGAAGCUGCUGGUGCAGAUAGAUCUGUUCGAGAACCCCUGGGACUGCUCCUGCGACAUAGUGGGGAUGAAGAUCUGGCUGGAGCAGCUCAGCGCCGGCACCGUGGUUAAUGAGGUCGUGUGCGAGACGCCCAAACGCCACGCCGGCACGGACGUUCGUUCCAUCCAGUCCGAGCAGCUCUGCCCGGACUACUCUGACGCUUACGUCUCGCCGACUCCCCCCACGGAGGAGCCCAUGGACGACCGAGCCGUCACCACAGACGCCCCCCAGAAAUCCAACUCCCCCAGCAGCACGGUGCCCCUUUCCGUUCUCAUCCUCAGCCUCCUGCUCGUUUUCAUCAUGUCCGUCUUCGUGGCUGCUGGGCUCUUUGUAGUGGUGAUGAAAAAGCGCAAAAAGUCACAAAGUGACCGCACGAGCACCAACAAUUCGGAUGUCAGCUCUUUUAACUUGCAGUACAGCCUCUACAGCAACCGGUCCGGCCCAAAAGUGAAAGCGCCGGCCGGCCACGUCUACGAGUACAUCCCUCAUCCCAUGGGCCACAUGUGCAAAAACCCCAUUUACAGGUCACGGGAAGGCAACACCGUGGAGGAUUACCGUGACCUCCACGAGCUCAAGGUCACGUACCGGAGUACCCCGGACGAGGAGAGGGAUAGUACGAUGAGGAGCCCCACGUACAGCGUUAGCACUAUCGAGCCGCGAGAAAACCCGUCCCCUGUACAAGACGCUGACCAUUUCUUCAGGGGCAUCCUGGAGCCCGACAAGCAGUCCCCCCAUCAGCCAAUCCCGUCCAUCCCUGCAGGUGCCAAUUUAGAGUACAAGUACACAGGGCCCGUGUCGUACACGUACAACCCAAACUUUGAUGUCAGACGUCAGUUCUUGCACCCGGAGAGGAUAAGAGAAACGGUGCUCUACGGCACGGCGCCCAGUACUGUUUACGUGGAGCCCAACAGGAACGAGUAUCUGGAGCUAAAAGCGAAAUUGCAGUCUGAGCCCGAUUACCUCGAAGUUCUUGAGAAACAGACCACCUUUAGCCAGUUCUGAUCAAACAGAAUUGUUAAUGUAAUGAAGCAUUUUCUCUCUUGACCCUCCUUGAAAAACCAGUUUAUAGGGUGCCUUGGCACAGUAAUAAAAAAAAAAAAAAGAAAUAUCUAAAAAAAACAAAAACAAUCGAAGGAGUUGAAACGGGGUGUGCCGAACAAUCUUAUUCUUAUUUCUGAGACAUGACAUUACAGGAAUGGAUACAGCUUUCUGAAACCUGGAGGAACAAAAUUGCUUAACUGAUGAUGCAAAAUCUAUUUUUCUAUGGUGAAGAUCGAAUACCACACACACACACACACACACACACACAGAUACAUACAUACAUAUACACACACAAACACACACACACACACUUACACAAACACACACAGACACACAAAAUGUAAGUGUACAGGUAAACUCUUACCCAACUUCAUUUUCAGGAUUAUAACCAUGCAUAAGGUAUAUUGUGAAUCAGAAAAAGAAAUGUUUAUAAAAAUCACUCCUGGACAAAAAGAAAGAAGAAAAAAAAAAAAAACAAUGUACAGCAGAUAUCAUCAAAACUGUGUAGGACUAUUUUCUGCUGUAGUCUGUAAGUAAGUAUUUAUUGAUAUAAUCUGCCAUGUCUUUUCAAAACUUUUGAUUCUACAUCAAUAUUACCUGUGUCAUCAUACUUCAUGAUCCUCUGGAAAAAAAAA